AUGAAGUUCAUGUACGUGGCGCUGGCCGCAGAGGCGGUCGUCAUCAUCACCGUCAUCCUCACAGUGCCCUACACGGAGAUCGACUGGAAGGCGUACAUGGAGGAGGUGGAGGGGUUCCUUGCUGGCGAGCUCAACUACCGCAACCUUAAGGGCGGCACCGGGCCACUGGUCUACCCGGGCGGCUUUGUUUGGGUUUACAGUGUACUCUACUAUCUGACCAAGAAGGGUGAGGCCAUUGAGUUGGCUCAGUGGAUAUACGCCGGCGUCUACCUUGUGACCUUGACAAUGAUCUUGCGCCUCUACACCCGCUCAGGGCACACGUGGAGGACUAUGAUACCGCUCUUCGUCUCCAAGCGCAUUCGCAGCCUCUACGUGCUGCGACUUUUCAACGACUGCUGGGCCAUGUUGUUCCUGUUCGCCGCCGUCUCCUUCAUCGCUGGCCGCCCCGGCGGCGCCGCCAAACGCUCGCGUCAGUGGUUCAUUGGGUGCCUCUGCUACUCUAUCGCCGUGUCCAUCAAGAUGAACGUGCUCCUCUUCGCACCAGGCAUGUUGUACGUGAUGCUCCGCACACUCCCUUUCUGGCGAGUCGCGUGGUACCUGCUUGUCUGUGCGACCUGGCAACUCGCCGCAGGCUUGCCUUUUCUGGCCUACGACCAUAGAGCCUACCUAUCGAAGAGCUUUGAGCUUGAUCGGGUCUUUCUGCAGCGGUGGUCGGUAAACUACCAAUUCCUCGAUGCCGAGCUUUUCGUGAAGCCUGAGUUUGGCCAGGCGCUGCUCGCGAUGACAGUGGCAACGUGGGUUUUGCUGUGGCGCACGCGCUGGGCCGCACGCACGUACUUGACGGAUGCGGAGGCGCAUGUGCUACAUCCGGUAAUUUCGGAUACGUGUCGGCAGACGACGCUCUUGCGCCGCGGCACUGGCGAAGGUGACGAGACGAUGGACGACGAGGCACAGGAGCAGGCGGUAUACGCGUCCACGCUGCUCACUUUCUUCGAGGCCAACCUUGUCGGCGUCAUAUUUGCCCGCUCCAUCCAUUACCAGUUCUACACCUGGUUCUUCUACACGGUCCCCUUCGUUCUCGCCUACACGACACUCCCACGGGUGCUGCGGCUUGUGAGCUUUGCCCUCAUCCGCCAGGGGUUCGAGUCGUUCCCACCGACGCCGAAGAGGUCGAUGAUGCUACAAGGUGGCUUUGUCUUGACGCUGUUUGCGCUCCUCUUUUUGGGUCGUGACGCUCGGCCAGCCGCCUCGCGGGACGAAGCGCAUCCGACCCGGGACAAUGAACCAAAGCUGCCACAAACACAGGUGGAGGACGGCGCAGCAGGCGGGAAGAGAAUACGGUGA